UAGUGCGCCUGCCCGGCAGUGGUUAGAGGAGGCGGGGCUCAGCGCCGGGUUGCGUGUGGACCGAAUUCUGGACUGUGUUGGGGGGCAGGCUGCAGAGAGAGGUGGCCCGGGGUUAGGGGCGUCUUACACCCAAGCGUGAGGAGGGAGGCACAGGGCAAGGCCAAGCUCGCACCGGUCGGGGUCCGGUCGGGGUUCGGCGUGCCGGCAGGUCCUGCGCGAUAAUGGGGGAGGUGGAAAUCUCCGCCCGGGCCUACGGGAAGAUGUGCCUGCACGCCUCUCGGUACCCACACGCCGCGGUCAACGGGCUGCUGCUGGCUCCCGCGACGCGGUCCGGAGAAUGCCUCUGCCUCACCGACUGUGUGCCGCUCUUCCACAGCCACCUGGCCCUGUCCGUCAUGCUGGAGGUCGCGCUCAACCAGGUGGACGUGUGGGGCGCACAGGCCGGUUUGGUGGUAGCUGGGUACUACCAUGCCAAUGCGGCUCUGGACGACCAGAGCAUCGAAGCGUCAAGCAGUCCUGCACCAAGCAUCAAACAGGCCCGACACUCCCAGGCCAGCUGCAGGGAAAGGCUACAGCUUUGCACACAUCGACAAGACCUGGGAGACCUGGGUCUGCCCUCAGUUGGCUCCUCACUCCUCUGAUCUUCCCUCUACACAGCCCGGGGCUUCUGGCCUUGAAAAUUGCUAGUCGAAUUGCAGAAUUCUUCCCUGGUGCGGUGCUUAUUAUGCUGGAUAAUAAGAAGUUGGUGGCUCGGCCCCGUGUACCUCCUGUCAUCGUCCUAGAGAACCAAGGUCUUCGAUGGGUGCCCAAGGACAAGAAUUUAGUGAUGUGGAGAGACUGGGAGGAGUCCCGACAGAUGGUGGGAGCACUGUUGGAGAGCCGGGCCCACCAGCACCUUGUGGACUUUGACUGUCACCUUGAUGACAUUCGGCAGGACUGGACCAACCAGCAGCUUAACUCUCAGAUCACUCAGUGGGGUGGUCCCACCAAUGGAAACGCCUGAGCCAGGAGGAUCCGAAUACAAUAAAGACAUGGGCUGGUGGACAA